AUGCUAGUCCUGCUGCUCACUUGCAUAUGCGCAACCAGGGUUACAGGCCAUCGAUACCAGCAUCAACGACUGUGGCCGCCUGACAACAUCGAGCCGUGUCUGAUCCAGUGUCCAGUACAGCACGUCCAGAUGACUGGAAACAAGAGCUCUGGGGCGGAAAUGUCGAACUGGGGCGCCCAGCCGAUCCUUGACUUCAUGUCCAAUGGCCAGUGGCAGUCGCAGACGGCUACCCUGCCCCUGCUGUCGGCGACUCCCUCUGUCGACAUGGCUGCGACGUCGUCAAUCACGACUCUCGUGACAUCUGUGACGGUUCGGACAAGUCCAACAAGGAGUCAGAGCAUGUCCUGUCUGGGUUCGGCGUCUACUGUUACAAUGAGCAGCGCGGAGAAGAUACGUGCCUGCAACAUCAUGUGCCAGGUUGUCAUUGCCCUAAGUUGUGUUAUCUUGUUUCACAAGCCAUGA